AUGGGGAGAGCCAAGUUUAGAGAAAGCGAAAGAGAUGCCGGCGAAUGCCGCCUCUUCGUCGAAAACCUCAGAGCAGCAGCACUUGAAUGGUUCUCUCGCCUGAGGCAAAAUUCCAUUGGAAGUUUUUGCCAACUCACCUACGAGUUUCUUAAGCAGUACUCUUUGUUCAUAGACCGAGAAUCCUCAGAUGUCGAUCUAUGGAGCAUGUCCCAGGGAGAGGACGAAUCUCUCUGUGACUUCAUAAAACGGUUUAAGACCGUCAUUCCUAGAGUCAGCGGAAUAAGCGACAAACCGCUUACGAUCCAAGACGCUCUUCAUAAAGCCGCGGACUACAUAAUUAUCGAAGAAGAGAUGAAAGUCUUGUCGCAAAAGCAGAAGCUGACGAAGACAUUGUCGAAAGAUCCCGGGUCGGAUCAGAAGUCUAAAAGGAAAAACCCUCGUAAUGACAAAAACGUCCAUCAGAGGGAAGAAGAGACCCAGGGAGCGCAUAACUACGCCAUCAACUCCGUAUCGGAGCAAGGCCGAACGAUGGGCAAUACAUGGACCCGAAAUCCGAAUUACGACGAGAACGCCUUCUGCGACUUUCACCAGGCCCGCGGCCACUCGACCAUAAACUGCAAAGUUCUCGGCACUAGGGUUGCCGUGAAGCUUCUCGCGGGAGAACUGACCGAAGUGUCUAGCGUAAAAAAUCUCAUCCACGAUUCAGACCGCCCUCCAAGAAACAAUAAGCCCCCUAAAACGGAGAACUCUCUCCAAGAGAACCAAUCGAGAGAAAAGCGUGGAAGGAGGCAGGACGAGAAUCGCAACGACAAUAGUCGCCGCAGAGUCAAUAUGAUCAUCGGAGGAUCGCAAUACUGCAGCGAUACCAUCUCUGCCAUCAAAUCUUACCAGCACAAGGCCGAGACGAGCGCGAACCUGGUCCGCGCCUAG